UGCUUUAAGGUGUGAGCCUUAUUGCUGUUUUGUUUUCAGAUUCAUACUAAUCUGACCUCAGCAAUGUCCCUAAUCUUUUCUUGAUUUAUUUGAAAAAAAUAGGAUUGUAUUGGAGCAAUUGAUGGUACACAUAUAACAGUAUCUGUUCCUAAGGAUAUUGAGAAUUCAUUUCGUGGUAGGAAGUAUCAUGCCACACAAAAUGUUAUGGCAGCCGUAUAUUUUGAUGUACGGUUCACUUAUGUCUUGGCUGGUUGGGAGGCGGCAGCACACGAUGCUCUAGUUUUACGAGAUGCAUUAGAACGUGAGAAUGGUCUUCGUGUUCCACAAGGCAAAUACUACCUAGUUGAUGCUGGAUAUGGAGCAAAGCCGGGAUUCUUGCCCCCUUUCCGUGGCGUCUGGUACCACUUGAAAGAAUGGGGGAGGGGGAGUAAUUCGGUGCAAAAUGAGAAGGAGUUGUUCAACCUUAGACAUUCCUCUCUUCGUGUCACAGUAGAGCGUGCAUUUGGGGCACUAAAGAGAAGAUUCAAAAGUCUUGAUGAUGCCAUCACAUUCUUCCCUUUUCCAACUCAAGUAGAUAUUGUUGUUGCUUGCUGCAUCAUUCAUAAUUGGGUCAUACAAGAUGGGGUGGAUGAUUUUUUUUUGAGGACUAUCCAAGCUAUGAACAAGCUUCAACAGUCGCUGGACAAGCAAAUGACCAUGCUGCUAUGGUUCAUUUCAGGCAACAAAUUGCUGAUCAGAUGUGGUCAGAUCGUCAAAACAACAAUGUUAACUAAUAUUGUUUGAUGCAUUUCAUUUGUAAGACAUAUGUAUUGUUCAAUUCCAUUUGUAUUGAACA